UACGUACCCAGCCGUCACCGAUCUCCUUAAAAUUAACUAGCCGCGACGUCGCUGAUUUCGGAUUUAGACCCCGCUAGGGUGUGAGCCUUGCGUGGGUAGGGUCCUGAAAAAGUCAUUCCUAUCAGCAUCCAGAGUACUGUAGCAGUUGGAGUUGACAAAUUGAUGAUUCAGAUUACUUUUUGGGUACUUAUCUAAAAGGGUGAAAGAGUUUUUUAUUUGACAUCUUUUUAGCAGAUGCCACCGACGAUCUAGAAUUCUAGGUUCGGCCAUGGCCACCUGUUUUGUACGGAGCUACAGCACAUUGCAAUAGAUGCAGGCAAGCAAGCAGCAGCAGCUCUUAGUUCAAGCAGCCUAUAAAGUAAGAAACAAGGGAUCAGCCAAAAACACACCUGCAAAAAAUAGUUGAGUUUUCGAGUUCAGAACAAUGUGUAUAGCUGCGUUUGCUUGGCAAGUCCACCCGCUCUUCCCUUUUCUUCUCUUGCAGAACAGAGAUGAAUACCACAACAGGCCUACAAAGCAAGUGGCAUGGUGGGAAGGUGGUGAUAUACUAGGAGGGAGAGAUGAGGUUGCAGGAGGGACAUGGUUGGCUUGUUCAAGAGAAGGGAGGGUAGCUUUUCUAACAAACGUGUUGGAGCUUCAUAAUCUCCCUGAGGCAAAGAGUCGUGGAGACCUGCCUGUGCUUUUCUUAGAGAGCACAAAGACUCCAAAGGAGUUUGCAGAGGAAUUGAUAACAGAGGCCCAUCAGUAUAACGGCUUUAACCUCAUUGUGGCUGAUAUCUCUUCCAAAUCCAUGGUUUAUGUCUCCAACAGGCCGAAAGGAGAACCCAUUGCCGUUCAAGAGGUUUCUCCAGGCAUUCACGUUCUUUCAAAUGCAAAGCUCGACUCCCCAUGGCACAAGGCUCAGCGCUUAGGGCCGAGUUUCAAGGAACAGCUGUGUCAAUAUGGUAAGGGAGAGGUACAUGUGAAAGAUAUGCUUAAGAUGCUAAUGAGAGACACAGUUAAAGCAGAUGAAAGCAAAUUACCUCAUAUUUGUUCCCUCGACUGGGAGUUCAACUUGAGCUCCAUCUUCGUUGAAGUUGACACCCCACUGGGACCUUAUGGCACUAGGAGCACUGCUGCAUUAACUAUAAAAGCAAGUGGGGAAGUGAGCUUCUUGGAGAUGUUUCUUGACAAGAACACUUGGAAAGAAAAAACUGUUAGUUACUACAUUCGGAGGCCGAAGUCAUAGAUAGAGAGAUAAAAAGCAACUGAAAGCCAACGCCAAAAAUAAGAGCUGGCUCAUGCAUUAUUUAUUGACAUGAAAGAGUUAUGAAUGUAAGCCACUUGGUCGAUGUGUUUGUUUAAUGGUGAACGGCCUAUCUAGUCAUAUCAAAUAAUUCUAUC